UCACACAUAAAGGUCCCAAUGGAAUCCAUGUAGUUAUGGUAUUUGAAGUAUUAGGAGAAAACUUGUUGGGAUUAAUUAGACGGUAUAAGCAUAGGGGUAUUCCAAUAGUGUUUGUUAAACAAAUUGCUAAGCAAUUAUUAGCAGCUUUAGAUUUUUUGCAUCGAAGUUGUGGAGUUAUUCAUACCGAUUUGAAACCAGAAAAUAUUUUGAUUGAAAUUGGUGAUGUUGAAGCAAUUGUACGAAUUGUAGAACGAGAAGAUAUGAAACGCAAAUUACAACGCAAGUUGCUGAAACUUUCUAACAAUUCCAAGAAAUCUUCUCCAUUAAAUUCAUACCAAGACCAUACCUUAUUAUCAUCAAGUUCAGCCGCAAGAAUACUUACACCAACCCAUUCUGCAACCACCAUGAAUUCAAAUUCUCCUUCGUUGGGUAGAAGCAGAAGAACAAGAAGAUCAAACACUUUGAUCACUGGUUCACAACCAUUGCCUUCACCAUUAAGAAGUUUCAAUAAAUCAUUUACAAAUGUAUACGGAUUAUCUUCAACCACAGCAAAUACACCUAUUAGAACUGUAACCGUGCCAACUUCUUCCAACAUUGCGGCCUUUGGUUCCAUGGGUAAUUCAUCAAUUCCCCAUUCAACAGUAGAAGAAGAAUCGCCACAACCUCAAGCGAACGAAGAAGGAGCGUCCCUUGACAAUUCACUUUCAUCAAUGUCAAUUAACAACAGUUAUCAACCAAAUGUUGAUCCAGUCAAGAUCCCAACAAUGGAUUCCGGUAGCAUGUACAGCAGUAGUAUCAACAACAAUGCCACCACCAACGAUAUAAUCAUAAACGAAGACGAGUUAAUUUCAGUAAAGAUUGCUGAUUUAGGUAAUGCAUGUUGGACUACCCAUCAUUUCACCGAUGAGAUUCAAACAAGACAAUAUCGAUCACCCGAGGUAAUCUUAGGAUAUCAUUGGGGUGCACUGAGUGAUUUAUGGUCAUUUGCAUGUCUUAUAUUUGAAUUAUUAACCGGAGAUUACCUUUUUGAUCCACGAGAUGGGAAAACGUAUUCGAAAGAUGAUGACCAUAUUGCCCAGAUUAUAGAAUUGAUUGGCCCAUUCCCACGAGAAAUGUUAAAGGAGAGUUAUUACUCUCAUGAGUUUUUCAAUCUGAGAGGAGAAUUACGUCGAAUAGUCAAACUUAAACCAUGGAGUUUGAAAGAUGUCUUGAGUGAAAAAUACAAGUUUUCCAUCAGUGAUGCUAUUGAAAUCGCCGAUUUCUUGAGACCCAUGUUGGAAAUACAACCUGAGAAAAGAGCUGAUGCCGGUGGGAUGAUCAAUCAUAGUUGGUUAGGUGAUGUAUUAGGGUUGGAGAAUGUGGUGUUGGAAAGACCUGUGGGUGGGUCUGGUGAAGAUAUCCCAGGUUGGUCAAAGGAAGUUACUGCUACUAAUACUACUACUACUGCUACAUCCAUGCCUGGUAAAUCUAUAUCACCACUGGUUAUACCUAUGUCUGGAGUCAAUGCGAAUGCUACAUCUGGGAACAACAAUGGGAAUUUCUAUUAUCAGUAGAAUAUAUUCUAUAGUAAUAAAGGUUAAACAGUGAUAUUUU